AUAUCGGUGCAGCCCUCGAUCACGUGAUGAAGAAUGCCUUUGCUGCCUCUGCCGGAAGCAGGCUGAAGAGCAGUGUUCCGCAAAUCCUACUGCUCCUCACUUCUGAAAAGUCAAGGGAUGAUAUUUCACAGCAGGCAGCCAAGCUACGAGAAAUGGGCAUUGUGACAUUUACGGUUGGGGUGAAGAAGGCUAAUCAAGCACAACUGGAGCAGAUAGCAUAUGCUCCCAAGUUGGCUUUCUCCAUGAGCAGCAUCCGGGGUUUGUUUGACAUCGAACACCAGCUUCAGACCAUCAUGAAGUCAGUGGUCGUUGAAGUAGUUGAAAUACCCUUGAAAGAUCAGUCUCACUAAAUAACAUGCCAGACUACUGCAAUGAAGAUGCAUGACAUUCAGCCUCUUCACAAUACGCCUUGGUGCCUACAAAGAAUGAACAACUCACAUUCCAAAGAAAUUGCAUUUCACCCACCAGCACUUACUUUUCCACUCACA